ACAGCUUUAGCAUCUACUACAACCACUGCAGCCCUAACAACAACAACUGCUGCUCCUACGACCACUACAGAUCCAGAACCUAUUACGACAACCACUGCAGCUCCUGCUACAAUAACUACAACUUCAGCUCCUACGACAACCACAACAACAACUGUAGCUCCCAUGACAACUGCAGCUCCUACAACAGCUUUAGCAUCUACGAUAACCACUGCAGCCCCAACAACAACAACUGCUGCUCCUACGACCACUACAGCUCCAGAACCUAUUACGACAACCACUGCAGCUCCUGCUACAACAACAACAACAACAACUUCAGCUCCUACGACAACCACAACAACAGCACCUCCAACAACUGUAGCUCCCACGAUAACUGCAGCUCCUACAACAGCUUUAGCAUCUAUGACAACCACUGCAGGCCUCACAACAACAACCUCUGCUCCUACGACCACGACCACUACAGCUCCAGAACCUAUUACGACAACCACUGCAGCUCCUACUACAACAACUACAACUUCAGCUCCUACGACAACAACUGCUGCCCCUACGACCACUGUAACUCCACGACCUACUACGACAACCAGUGCAGCUCUUACUACAACAACUACAACUUCAGCUCCUACGACAACCACAACAACAGCACCUCCAACAACUGUAGCUCCCACGAUAACUGCAGCUCCGACAACAGCUUUAGCAUCUACGACAACCACUGCAGCCCUAACAACAACAACUGCUGCUCCUACGACCACUACAGAUCCAGAACCUAUUACGACAACCACUGCAGCUCCUGCUACAAAAACUACAACUUCAGCUCCUACGACAACAACAACAACAGCACCUCCAACAACUGUAGCUCCCACAACAACUGCAGCUCCUACAACAGCUUUAGCAUCUACGAUAACCACUGCAGCCCCAACAACAACAACUGCUGCUCCUACGACCACUACAGCUCCAGAACCUAUUACGACAACCACUGCAGCUCCUGCUACAACAACAACAACUUCAGCUCCUACGACAACCACAACAACAGCAUCUUCAACAACUGUAGCUCCCACGAUAACUGCAGCUCCGACAACAGCUUUAGCAUCUACUACAACCACUGCAGCCCUAACUACAACAACUGCUGCCCCUACGACCACUGUAACUCCACAACCUACUACGACAACCAGUGCAGCUCUUACUACAACAACUACAACUUCAGCUCCUACGACAACCACAACAACAGCACCUCCAACAACUGUAGCUCCCACGAUAACUGCAGCUCCGACAACAGUUUUAGCAUCUACGACAACCACUGCAGCCCUAACAACAACAACUGCUGCUCCUACGACCACUACAGAUCCAGAACCUAUUACGACAACCACUGCAGCUCCUGCUACAAUAACUACAACUUCAGCUCCUACGACAACCACAACAACAACUGUAGCUCCCAUGACAACUGCAGCUCCUACAACAGCUUUAGCAUCUACGAUAACCACUGCAGCCCCAACAACAACAACUGCUGCUCCUACGACCACU